AUGGUUUCUCUUUUCCAGACUGUUCAAUUCGUGCAAGGUAUUUUUGUGGAAAAAUACGACCCUACCAUCGAAGACAGCUACAGGAAACAAGUGGAAGUUGACGGUCAGCAAUGUAUGUUGGAGAUUCUCGACACCGCAGGAACGGAGCAAUUCACUGCUAUGCGGGAUUUAUACAUGAAGAAUGGUCAGGGAUUCGUUCUGGUUUACUCUAUCACGGCACAAUCAACCUUCAACGACUUGAUGGAUCUUCGUGAUCAAAUUCUUCGAGUAAAAGACACUGAUGAGGUACCGAUGAUUUUGGUCGGUAACAAAUGCGAUCUCGAAGAUGAGCGUGUUGUCGGCAAGGAUCAGGGACAAAAUCUAGCGCGGCAAUUUGGCUCAGCUUUCCUGGAGACGUCAGCAAAAGCCAAGAUUAACGUUAGUGAGGUAUUUUACGAUUUGAUUCGACAAAUUAAUCGUCGUUAUCCCGAAAGUGGUAAACGACAAGGACAGGGAUCAAAGAAGUGCUGUAAGUGCACAUUGAUGUGA